UCUAAACAUCCCAGAAACAUUUCCUCCUCCUUCUCUCUUCAUUUCUCAACCCCAAAUCAUCAACCCAUCUUCAACCAUAACUAAUCACUUUCUCAUCCAAGAUUAAAUCAAGAUUAGCAUCAAAGCUCCAAGGAUUGUCAUCUAUCACAAGUUUGAUCUUCCUUAUCUCAUUAAAUCUUGUACUUUAAUCAUGGAUUCAUCUAUUUCUAUGUUUCCUAACAUGUAUAGCUAAAUAAAUUUGGGGCUAGCAAUUGGUUAAUUAAUUGUUCUUAUAAUGUUUUAAUUUGUAUUGAUUUUAAUUGUUAAGUUUGUUCUAUUUAGAUUGUUGUGUCUAGAAAAUUAAUUAUGUUGUGUUUAUGAUAUAUAUUAUGAGUACUCAAUCAUAAACAUAUUGUUUGUUAAAUACACAAAUGAACACUUUCUGAACACACCGUUAAACUUCUUUUACCUUGUCCCGGAUUGAAGUUUUACGGGAGAAUUUAAUUAUUUAAUUAUAUUAUUUACACCACGGGGUUGGGUAAAUAAUAUAGUUAAUAAUUAAGGUUGUCGUUGCACUUGAACAACUAGUCUCGUUUUGGCCAUCACUGGGAAAUGUUGAGUAGUUACUUAUUUUAGGUGACUUGUGUUGGGUCCUAAAAUAUUUAUCUACAACUUCUCACAAUCUAUCUAAGAAUAAAAUUAGCAAUUAUGUCUUACAAAUGAGCAUUGAACAAUUAGUUGCCAAUUUCUACCCCUACUUGCUAUUGGUUGAACUUUGUGUUGAUAAAAAUCUCCUCUCAAUCACUUUUAUUUAAUUACUUUUCCAAGCAAACAAAAAUCAAAAGAAACGCACUCCCAACUUUAAUCCUUAGUUUGUGCUUAAUUAUUUUAUUUCCCGCUUCUCUGUGGUUGGACACCCUACUUCCUUGGGUAAAAAAAAUAGUUGUGUGCCCAUUAUAUGCUACACACCAUGCAACAAAACAUGGGACAAUUUCAACAAACCAUGAUACAAUUUCAACAUGAGACAAGGUCAAGCAUUAACAAUUUGGAAACUCAAGUUAGUCAAAUUGCAAAUGCCGUGAACCGACUUGAAACGAAGGACUCGGGUAAACUCCCAUCUCAAACGGAGCAAAACUCGAGACAACAUGUGAAUGCCAUCAUGUUGAGUAGUGAGACAACAUGGAAGGAGGUAGAUCAAGAAAUUAAGGAGGUGGACCUUGAAGAAGAAGUUCAACCGGAGGAGGGGGUCACAACAGCCAAGCUCCUUCCACUGUCAUCAUAUGAACCAGUAGCCCCGUUUCCUGAGGCACUGAGAGAGACAAAGAGACCGGAGAAAGAUUCUGACAUCUAUGAGACUUUCGCCAAGUGUGAGGACAUCAUCUAUUGAAGAAAAGAAGAAGAAGAAAAGGAGAAGAAGAAGUAAGGAGCAUAGAAGACCCUUAAACCCAAGGAAAUGUUGUUCUGUAAACUCAUUUACAAUAUUGGUGGUCUUAGUUUCUUAUUUCUUACUAUCUUUGAACUUAUGAUCUUUUGAUGAACAUUGUAUAAACAUUUGGUUUUACUCGAGGUCGAGUAAAG